AUGACCAGAAGAGCUGCAGAAGUGCCCUGGUCCCAGCUGCAACACGACGCAGACAUCCGCAGGAGUGACCUGCGCCUCCGCCUGGAGAAUUCCCAGCUCAAGGGCGCCCUUUCCAGGGAGCUUCUUCAACUGUCCACGUCGCUUCAUGACAGGCCCAGCAGCUUCAGCUUGCACGGCAUCGACUUCGGGGAGCCUCUACCGUUGACGCUUCUUGUUACCUCAACCUUGGCGUGCAUCUACAUUCUGAUGUAUUUAAAGCACCUUUUUGUUUUCUUCUUGCGCAAGAGGCACAUCGAGACGAGCAACCGUCGGUGGAUACAUGUCAAAGAGCGCGAGCGUCCUCCUGAUUUUGCCAACUGCAAGAGGGAGAUGACCGAGAGGUUUUGCUGCAACACGACGCAUAAGACCGUCGUUCGACUAUUCCUGAUCGGUAUAGCAGCAACUGCAUGCGGAUCCUACAUGCUACGUGAGGGCUGUUUUGACUCGGUCAAAGAUAGGCUAUACUUGGCCAUGGUCAUCUUGAUGAUCCUGCAAGUCAUCCUUGCAGCGGUUUGGACUUACAUUGAAAAUCGUCUGAAGCCUUUCUGGCGCCUAUACGAAAUCAUCUGGCAGCUUCAGGCAGCUGUCAAAUCUGGGCCCUCGGCAGUCCUUAGGUGCUUGCAGUCCUUCAGACAGCCUCGUUUGCCUAGUGAACCAACCGACCUCCGCUAG